UUAAACACUUUUAAUAAUAAAGCUGCUCUUCCACAGUAAGUCUGAAAUUGAACCAUUUCUUUGUGAAGACUACAAGAAGCAGUCUGCAAAUCUUGGCAGCAACAGGAUAGACCUACCUUAUGGAACAGGAAAAGGAGGUAGAUAUUUUGAUAUGGCUCUAAAGAAGCUUCCAAAGUGUGACCUUCCGGAUGAAAUCAGAAAUAUUUCCUGCAAGAAAUGUGUUGUGGUUGGAAAUGGUGGAGUGCUUCGAAACAGCACAUUAGGCAAGAAAAUUGAUAGCUAUGAUGUCAUAAUAAGGAUGAAUGAUGGUCCUGUCCUCGGAUAUGAAGAUGAUGUUGGGGAAAGGACUACUUUCCGGCUUUGCUACCCAGAGUCCAUUUUCUCAGAUAGCUUGCACUAUGACCCAAACACCACUGUAGUACUCAUGAUGUUCAAACAACAUGAUGUUAAAUGGCUGUACAGUGUACUUUUGCACAAAACAGUGAACACAUAUGGGUUUUGGAGGAAGCCUGCAAUGAACUUGAUGUAUAAUCCUCCUCAACUGAGAGUCCUCAACCCUUUCAUCCUUCGCCAGGUUUCGCAGAAUCUACUGAAUUUUCCUGCCAACUUUCCAAAGACAGAAAAACCAAAACAUCCCACCACUGGAAUCAUCGCCAUCACAUUGGCAUUCCAUAUAUGUAAUGAAGUCCAUAUAGCAGGAUUUAAAUACAACUUAACAUCUUUAAAUAGUUCACUUCACUAUUAUGGAAAUGAAACAAUGUCUGCAAUGGCUCAGAAUGAAUAUCACAAUAUCUCAGCAGAACAGAUGCUUCUUAGAGACCUUAUUGAACACAAAACUGUUACAAACUUGACGUAA